UGUGCCUUCAUCUGACACGAUGCGGAGGCUCCUUCUCGCAGGGACCUCGGUGUCCUCGCUGCCGCCGUAAUGGCGUGCAGGAGAGGCUGCUGCUGCGGUGUGGUGAACGAGGAUAACGCGCGGUUUCUGAUGCUGGCGGUGCUGAUCGUGCUGUAUCUGCUGUGCGGUGCUGCUGUGUUCUCUGCGUUGGAGCAGCCGAAGGAGCUACAGGCAAACGAGCAGUGGGCGCAGCGCUUCGAGAGAUUCACCCAGAAGCACAACCUUAACCGGACCGACUUGGAGACAUUUCUCCGUUUCUAUGAGGAGGCGAACAUCGCCGGUAUCCGCGUGGAUACACUGAGACCGCGCUGGGAUUUUACCGGCGCCUUUUACUUUGUUGGGACCGUGGUGUCGACCAUAGGAUUUGGCAUGACCACCCCGACCACGGUCAGUGGCAAAGUCUUCCUCAUCUUCUAUGGCCUGAUCGGCUGCGCCUCCACCAUCCUAUUCUUCAACCUCUUCCUGGAGCGCAUCAUCACCGUGCUCGCCUUCGUGCUCAAGUCAUGCCACGAUCUGCAGCGCCGGCGCCAGGGCGUCAUGCCCCACGAUGGCCUCAGGGGGGCGCCACCGCCAGGACCCAGAGAUAGAGACAAGGACAGUCUGGCUGGAUGGAAGCCUUCUGUGUACUACGUGAUGCUGAUUCUUUGUGUAGCUGCUGUGGUGAUAUCCUGCUGUGCCUCGGCCAUGUAUUCAGCGGUGGAGGGGUGGGGCUAUCUGGACUCGCUGUACUUCUGUUUUGUGGCGUUCAGCACCAUCGGGUUCGGGGACAUGGUAAGCAGCCAGAGGGUUACGUACGACGGGAACCAGACAGCCUACAGACUGGGGAACUUCCUGUUUAUAUUGAUGGGUGUCUGCUGUAUCUACUCGCUGUUCAACGUCAUAUCCAUUGUCAUCAAGCAGCAGACUCUCAACUGGCUGCUGAGAAAGCUGGACAUCUUCUGCUACCGAGGUUGCUGCCACUGCUGCCCCGCCGGGAUCGCGAAGAGAUUGCACCCGCGGCGGAAUGCCGUGAUGCCCAGCGGCACUGGACACGGACACUCCCGGGCGCGGCGGACUGUCUCCAUAGAAACGGACGCGUUGAAUGAGAGUGAGACGGAUGGAGGACGGCGGAUGUCAGGGGAGAUGAUCUCCAUGAGGGACUUCCUGGCAGCCAAUAAGGGGAACCUGGACCUGAUGCUGCUGUCGGAGGCAGCAGCCAAUGGGAUCCCUCGGCCUUCCGUCUCCAACCAAAACAGACAGAAUGGUUUCUCUGGGGGAGUAGGGGCGCUGGGCAUCAUGAACAACAGGCUGGUUGAGACCAGUGUGGAUAGAUGACUGAAUAUUACAGUCGUUAUGCAGGCUUACCCUUAUUGACAUGUGUACAGUAUUUGUUAUUGACAGCUAUGGUGUUGUUUUGUAGGAGACAGAUCAUGCUUUUAUGCUUGAAUAGGUGCUCAGAAAUUGAAAUCAGUUGUCAAAUACAUAAAGAUCUUGAUUGAGGAACUCCCCUUCACUCUGCUAUAAAACAAAUCAUCAGAUAUCACACUAUAUUGCAAAUACGGUUCCAAAAAAUGUUAUAAAACUACAAGGAAAACCCUGUACUGAUACAUUUGAUUGAUUCUAAAAGUGCUAGCUGUCAUUUAAUCUGUAACAGAAUAGUACUUCUUCCUCUCUUUCGUUUUUAAAUAUGAAUAAGAAAAAUUGAAAGAAGACUGAAAUCUAUUACCUGAAAUUGCACAUACUAAUUUCAAACUUACCCUGCACCCCUCAAUAGAGUUAAAAAGGAGACAUUUGCAAUGUUUCAGGAAGAACUGAAAUCAAUUCAAGUAUGCAGGAAUAAAUACAAUUUACUUAUAAAUUCUGUUUAUA